UUGUUUCCUUUUCUCUCACCAUUUAAAUUGUAUAUUUAAUUUGUAAUUUAACUUGUAAUUAAUUUACUUUAAGAAAUUAUUGUUCAUCAUUAACUAAUUUAAUUUUAAAAUUGUUAUUCUAACUAUGGGUAAUAUUAAGAAAUUGGAUGGACAUUUUAUUUAUUACAAUUAGAUACCUGGUGAUGGCUGUUUAAAUUUCUCUUCUCUUUUUUUUCUCUUUCUUUUUCUUUUCUUUUUCCUUCUCUUUCUCUCUAUUUUCUCUAUCUCUUUUUCUUUAUUUCUGCCUUUCUUUUUCUCUUUCAUCAUCCCCCUCAUCUCUCUUUCUCUCUCUAUGUGGUGAAAACAUGGAUUCAACUUAUUGCUGCGACUCUCGAGACUUGGAAAACCUUUCAUUUCCUUUAUUUGAUCCUGAAUGGAAGGCAAGUGAAGAGGUUGCAUUACUUGAAGCUGUUGAAUUGUAUAGCUUUGGAAAUUGGGGAGACAUUUCUCUCUAUAUACCUGAUAAAUCAACCGAAGAGAUUAAAAAACAUUUCAUAGACUGUUAUAUUAAAGGAAAUCUUGGUAAACUAACAUGGGACUCGGUUAAGUCUAAAGUUCAUACUGUGGUUGAUCAUACGUCCAAUGGAACCAUUGAAGGUCCUUUAUCCAACAUAUUGGUUCAACCUUUACCACCAAUUAAUCAAUUAACUCCGGCUCAACAGCAACAACUGGGAUAUAUGGCAAAUCGUGAUGAUUUUGAAAGAGAAUAUGAUAAUGAAGUUGAAUCAUUGGUAGCAGCAUUAACCAUGAACAUAAAAGAUGAAGAUGAUCUUGAUAGAGAUAUGAAUCUUGCAUAUAUUGACAUCUAUAAUCGUCGAUUAGCCGAAAGAUUAAGGAGAAAAUAUAUUGUUCGCCAAUACGGAUUAGUUAAUUUAUUUUUCAAACAUUUGGAAGAAGAGAAUGAAAAAUUAGGCCGAGAAGUGUCCAAUGAGGAGAGCAUAAUUAAAUCACGGGAAGUCAAAUCAAUUGUUAAAGAAGAACCUCCAUCAAGUCCACAAAACGCUAAAACAUUACUUCAGCGAAAUAACAAAAAAGUGCAAUCCACCGGAGUUACAAUGAAAGAAAAGAAACUUCGUGAAGGUUUAAAACCAUUUUACCAAUUUUUAAAUCGUGAACAAUUAGAUGAAUUAGUAAAUAAUCUUAUUAAACAACGAGAACUCAUUAUACGAGCUAAAGAUCUAAAUAGAUUAAGGCGAAGUCGACGAAUGAGCUUCUCAAAAGCACUGCCAGCUCUCUCUAGUAAAAUAAAGAAAGAGGAAAGAAAAGAUGGUAUUAAUUACGAGGUUUCCGGAAAAACUACUGGCUUCGCUCGCAAGGCAACCUCCCUAGGAACAAAAUUAAACGAAAUGACCCCAACAGGAGAAGCGAAAAGUUUAAUCAUCAAAACGGAGCCAAAGAUGUCAACAACAACCACAACAAAACAACAAGGAAUCACAUCAAAAGGUUUAAAAGUUUACAGCUUGGACCAUUCAGGUCGAAAAGAAAGAAAAGAAAGUCACCGUCAUAGUAAUAGCCAUCAUGUUAAAAUGCGAUCAUCAAUUAGUUCAUCAACAGCAUCACCGGAAAGUGAUAAAGCUCUUCUAGAGAAAACAAGUAUUACCCUUCGUUCAGGUUGUGAGUUAAUCUCUGAGAAAGAGCGUAAACUCUGUUCAGUUUUACGUCUCUCACCCCAUCAAUAUAUUAACCUGAAAACAUUAAUAAUCAAGGAACAUCUUAGAGAACGAGAGAAAGGUAAAUACCGAUCAACAUUGGAAAAUAUUGAUGAAAAUAUUCUCCGUAAAUUAACAUCAUUCUUCUAUAAAAAUGGUUGGCUUCGAUAUGGUCCAUGAUGUAAAAUAAAUUAUUAUUAUUAUUUAGCCAAAAAGAAAAGGAAAAAUCAUAAACAAUUACAAUUACCAUCAUCAUCAUCAUCAUCACCAUUACCACAACAACUUCAUUAUCAUUAUCACUCCAUCAUCAACACCUCUACUCAAAUUUGUAUUUUCCAACAAUCUCGGUGUUCAACAAAUUCCCUCUCACCUAUUUACCCUUUCACCUUCAACCUUUAGAAAAGAAACUUUUCUUUCGCGUUUAAAUCCUACCCUUAAGAUCACUUUUGUGAUUAACUCUAAUCCCCACUUUCCAUGGAAAACAAAAACCCACCAAAAUCUUUACUCUUUUUUUUAUACUUUCGAAGGAGCAAAAAAAAACCUUCUCUCUCUCUCUCUCUCUCUCUCUUGUCCUAAUCUUUUUGUCUCCUUCUCAUCAAAACUGCCUCGUAAAUUACAACAAAAAAAUAUUGUAUCAAGUAUAAUAAUCAAUUUGUAUAAAUCAAAAUUAGGGUGAGUUUUUAUUAGCUUUAAAAUGAAAUCGAUAACAAAUUUAAGACCAAUAUUUAUGUAUCAGAAAUGACAAAAAAAAAUUUCUCUUCAAUCUCACUCUCUCCCUCUCUCUCACUUGUAAAAACAAUUUUAAUACUAAAUAAACAUAAAAUGAUCCAAUAAGUUAA